GUAGGCCGCUGAGGCCUCCGCCCAAAACUUCUAGCUAGCUGCUGCGCUGCUCUCCUCUCUGUCCCUUUCGACGGCGGCUGCCCAAGCCUGUUCCCCCGUUGGCUUCUGUUCCAUGGGUGCCCCGUGCCCAUGCCCGGCCAUCCCUCCAGUUUUACUUUCGUCUUGAGAUCUCUUAGAGCUUCUGAAGAAUCCUUGCCAUGUUAGCCAGCCACCAGUUGAUGUGUCUGCUGCCAAGAUCUUCCGUGCUUUGCCAAGGCCAAGGAAACUCUCAGCUGGGGUUCAGUGCUUGAUCUCAACGUACCGUGUGUGUGUCACUCACACUCUCCACUCCAGUGCUUGCAAGAGCUGAAAGUUGCAGUGAAUUAUUAUACAGAAAACAAGAUCGACGAUGGAGUUGGCGGUAGGUGCUUCGGAAGCCACCAUGAGAUCUCUCCUGGGCAAGCUGGGCAACCUUCUUGCCCAGGAGUAUUCUCUGGUCAGCGGCGUCCGUGGUGACAUCCAGUACAUCAAUGACGAGCUUGCCAGCAUGCAGGCCUUCCUCCGUGACCUUAGCGUUGUGACGGAGGGUCACAACCAUGACAACCGGAGGAAGGACUGGAUGAAGCAGAUCCGAGACGUCGCCUAUGACGUUGAGGACUGCAUCGAUGACUUUGCGCACCGGCUCCCCCAGGAUUCAAUCAGCGAUGCCAAAUGCUCCUUCAUACUCACAAAAAUGUAUGAACUCUUGACAUGGUGGCCUCGUCGCGAUAUUGCUUCGAGAAUUGCUGAACUCAAGGUACGGGCGCAACAGAUCGCGGAUCGGCGCAACAGAUAUGGAGUGAACAACCCAGAACACUGUGACAGCAGCAACAGUCCCAGACCCAGAGCCCAUGCUGCGGCUCAAGACAUUGCUGAGUAUCAGGACACAAAACCUCAGAUCGUCAGUAUAAAGGAGCCUGUGGGGAUGAAGACUGUCAUGGAAAACCUUGAGAAGUGGCUAACCGAACCUCAACCUGAUAAGGGGCGAGCUGUUCUGUCCAUUGUCGGUUUCGGUGGUGUGGGGAAGACCACCAUUGCCAUGGCAUUGUACAGAAAAGUCAGUGGUAAAUUUGACUGCCAGGCGUCAGUCGCUGUGUCUCAGAACUAUGAUGAAGACGAAGUCCUCAGGAGUAUUCUGAAUCAAGUCAGCAAACAGGAGGAGGCCGGUGGCAGCACAGAAAGUAGUAGUAGAGAUGAGAACACCAGGGAACCCCAGGGCAGCAGUAGCACAUCAAGUAGAGAGGAGAACACUGCCGAGUCAGGCACUAAAAGGAUGUUGAACAAGUUGAAGAAAGCCCUACCACUGUCACUACUCGGAGGGAAUGAUGAUAAGACAUCGGUCAGGCAGCAGGAAACAAUGGGCUCUCUUCAGCUCCGCGAAGAACUGAAACGGCGCCUGGCCGAAAAGAGAUAUAUCCUCUUGAUUGAUGAUAUUUGGUCUGCCAAGACAUGGAACAGUAUCAUCAUACCGUUUCUGCCUUCUGAAAAUGAUAAAGACAGCAGAAUAAUAGUGACUACAAGAUUUCAUGCUGUUGGUUCCACAUGCUCCCCUAGACAUAAAAAUGAUGAGGCCACAUCCUCCCCUGGACAUGGAAAGGAUCUUUUGCAUAAAGUUGAUUUUCUCACAGGUGACAAGCCCCUAGAUUUAUUUAAUGCAAGCAUUCCUGACCCAAUGAAAAGAACAGAUAGAGACAAGAAGUUAUCAAAGAUAUGUGGGGGAUUGCCUUUGGCCAUUGUCACCAUGGCUGGUCUUGUAGCCUGCAACCCAAACAAAGCCAACUCCGAUUGGAGUAAACUUUGCGAAUCAUUAUUUCCAUAUCCAGUAACUACUCUUAACCUGGAUGGGGUUACGAGGAUACUGGAUUGUUGUUACAAUGAUUUGCCUGCAGAUCUCAAGACCUGCUUAUUGUACUUGAGUAUAUUUCCAAAGGGUUGGAAAAUUAGUAGGAAGCGGUUGGCCCGACGAUGGAUUGCUGAAGGUUUUGCUACUGAGAAGCAAGGGCUAACCGAAGAGGAAGUUGCAGAGGCAUACUUUAAUCAGCUCGCAAGAAGGAACUUAAUACGCCCUGUGGAGCAUGGCAGCAAUGGGAAGGUAAAAGCCUUUCAAGUUCAUGACAUGGUUCUUGAAUACAUCAUGUCGAAGUCAAUCGAAGAGAAUUUUAUUACUGUGGUUGGUGGACACUGGCAGAUGACUGCGCCAAGCAAUAAAGUCCGUCGACUAUCGUUGCAAAGCAGUGGAUCCAAGCAUGGAAAUUCUACAAAAGGCCUGAACUUGGCUCAAGUGCGAUCACUGACGGUGUUUGGGAACCUGAACCAUGUUCCAUUCCAUUCAUUCAACUAUGGGAUAAUACAGGUGCUGGAUCUUGAGGGUUGGAAGGGUUUGAAAGAGAGACAUGUGACGGAGAUAUGUCAAAUGCUUGUACUCAAGUAUUUGAGCAUCCGGCGGACAGAAAUUGCCAAAAUUCCCUCAAAGAUUGAGAAACUUGAGUAUUUGGAAACUCUUGACAUAAGGGAGACAUAUGUCGAGGAGCUGCCUAAGUCUGUAGGCCAGCUAAAACGGAUCAGUAGCAUACUUGGGGGGAACAAAAAUACACGGAAGGGGCUGAGGUUGCCUCAAGAAAAAAGAAAUAAGGCAAUGAAAAACCCGUCACCUCAAGGUAAAACAAAGGAGCCUGCAGAGAAAGGAUUCUUGUCCCAAGAAAAAGCUAAAGGCACAAUGAAGUCACUCCGUGUACUGUCAGGGAUUGAGAUCGUUGAUGAAUCAGCAGCAGUAGCUGCAAGCCUUCAUCAGUUGACAGGACUAAGGAAGCUUGCCAUAUACAAGCUCAAAAUAAGCGAGGAAAAUGAUACAUUCAAAGAAUUACUCUCCUCUAUUGAGUACCUUGGCAGCUGCGGCCUGCAGACUCUGGCCAUCAAUGAUGAGAAUUCUAAAUUUAUCAACUCACUAUACAACAUGUCUGCACCUCCAAGAUAUCUAGUCUCCCUUGAGCUGUCCGGCAAGUUGAAAUGGCUACCUGAGUGGAUCACCAGCAUUACUACUCUCAACAAGUUAACCAUAUCUAUAACAGUUCUUACGACUGAAACUUUGGAGAUCCUCCGCAAUUUACCUUCAUUGUUUUCCCUCACCUUUGCCUUUUCACUUAGUGCAGCGAAGCAAGAUCAGGACACAGUAAAGGGCAUCCUUGAGGACAAUAAAUUGGCCACUGACGGGGAAAUCGUCAUUCCAGCUAAAGAAUUCAAGAGUCUUAAGCUGCUUCGCUUCUUUGCACCUUUCGUGCCAAAGCUCAGCUUUCCGGACAAGAGUGCAAUGCCAGCACUCGAAAUCAUUGAAAUGCGGUUUCAAGAAUUUGAGGGUCUAUUCGGCAUCGAAAUCCUUGAAAAUCUCCGUGAGGUGCAUCUCAAAGUUAGCGAUGGGGCAGAAGCAAUAACCAAGUUCCUAGUAAGUGAUUUGAAGGAUAAUACUGAGAAACCAAAAGUAUUUGUUGAUGGCAUCGUCACUGCAUGAGAAGUUAAAUUGUUGCAAAUAGGAGAACUUGCCAAUCAUCUGAUGCUGCCCCUCUAUCAUUACUCUCUUCUAAUAUAUUUCUGUUUUUUUUUUGAAAGGAUAAUAUAUUUCUGUUAUUACUCUCCUGGCUAAAUAAAAUAGGAUGGCAUGGAAUA